CUUUGAAAAACAAUCCGACCCGGUAUUAAGUUCCACCGGAUACACGUCAACAUCGUUCACCGUUGUAUGGUUUGUUUCUCUAAGUUUACUUUCUUUACCGAUGGACGAUGGCAAGACCUGUCGACGCCUUAAGGAUCGCCCAGCUCGAUGCUCGGCAGCUGGACCAAGAACUCGUGUCACUUGUUCGAAAUCAAAUUGGUCGAAUAUUUGAAUACAACCAGUUGUCUUUGUUAACGAAACUGGAUCCAGAGAUAACAGCCUUACUCAAGUUUGUGAUAUGGAGAUUCUCCGUGUUUGCGACUGGCGCCUCGGUCGGCCAGCAGCUCCUCCGACUCACCUAUGCCAACGCCAGGGCCAAAGACAAAACCAAUCCUUGGAUGUCGAAGAAGCAGAAGCUGCUCCAUGGCUUCAUUCUGAUCAUCAUUCCUUGGCUCAAAGAACGGCUCAACUUGACCAUCGACAGUUUGGGUCUGUCCACGUCCAAGACUAAGGAAAAGAUAAACAAAUACCUCCAGUGGUGUGAGAAAUCCCUCAAAAUCGCUGCCCUCAUCAACUUUGCCCUCUUUCUGCAAUCGGGUUGUUAUUCGUCUCUCACUGAGCGAGUGUUGGGGAUUCGCUCCGUCCAUCCACAAAAGCAACUAAUACGACAGGUCUCCUUUGAUUAUUUAACACGAGAGAUAUUAUGGCAUGGAUUCUCAGAGUUUUUAUUCUUCCUUCUACCCUUAGUGAAUUUCCGUCGCAUGAAAAGUAUCCUAACAUACUACCUUCUGCCUCAGCCGCCGCCAGCUCAACCCAGUUCUCCAGACUCUCGGACAAUGGCAGAAUUGACCAAUUGUGCCAUAUGUGAUCUCGUUCCUCACAACCCACAUCAGAUUGGUUGUAGUCAUGUGUUCUGUUACUACUGUAUUUCGAGUAAUUUUUUAGCUGAUCCUCGUUAUGUGUGUCCAGUCUGUAAAAAAGCUGUGCUGAAUUUCACUCUGAUUUCCCCAGUUGACCUUACGGAGGAAUCUUCAUAACAUCUCCGAGUCAAAUUGCUUAAGAAAAUAAACAAACAAAAAAAAAAAUAUCCCAACAGGAAACCCAACAAAAAGAACAAUCAAAAAAACAUAAAC